AUGGAUAAGUGGGAUCUCAUGCUGUAUUGCAACGAAACGCUCAAUGUCGCCGUUCAAUUUUGUGAUACUGUCAACGUAAAGCUGCCAUCUGCAGCAAGUUGUCCCGCGUCUGCUAGUGCCACCGCAGCAGUCAGCUCUGCCGUAGGCGGGGGCAACAGUGCCGCCAGUGCAGGCGGGAGUACCACUGCGUCUGCGGUCACAACAAGCGCUGUCUCUGGUGCCGAGACCACAUCAUCGAGUUCUGCCACAGGGGGUUCUUCUACUAGUACAUCUGCUACUGGGUCCUCAUCGUCCAAGAUGGCAUCAACCUCAAGCUCUGCAACUCACGCGUCCACCGGCGCAGCUCAGGUCUGGGGCUCAAUUAUGGGCGCUGUAGGCGCUGCUGUGGCUGUUUUAGCAUGGUUGUAG